UUGCGCGCCGUUUAACCGCCACCCGGCGCUGUUCCUCGGUUGACAGCCAGCUGCCAGGUUGCGCGCGCAAACGCCGUUCAGGUUUUUUUUUAAAUUUAAUGAUUCGGUCGACCUUUUUUUCAUUUAUUUCUCCUUUUCGUUUUGUCAAGAAACUCCGCGUUGGUAAUUUUGUGCGCGAGUGACAAAAAAGAAAGCAAAGACGGCAUGAGCUACGGAAACAAGAUAAUCUUCAAGUCUUUGGAUGGACUGUUCCCGCCAUUUUGAGAAGGCAGAGUCUGAUCUGGAUUACAUUGAACACAAACUAAAGUUUGAAAUACUGAGAGAACUUCCACAGAACACUGCACAACAGGAAAAUCCAAUAAAAUUGCUGGAGCAACUAAGGGUAAUAAAAUUACGGUAUCGUGAGUUGUGUGCAGAAGCAGAUCUGAUCGCUAUAGAGCGUAAAGAAUCAGUGGACUUCAUCCGUACACAACUUGCCACUACAUUGCAGUUAGUACAAAAGCUGCAGGACCAAAGUGAUCUGAAGUCUUGUCCCCUGACAGAAGAUGAGCAAUGGGCUAUGCAGAAGGUUAUGAAGUCAGAGAUUUUGGCUGGAGCAGAGGCACCCUGUGCAGAGCCUCAAACACCACAGCAGUUGGGAGGUGAGUUUAAACCUAUCACUAAAGAGAUGUUCACAUCUGUGCCAAAAAAUGUAAGGCAGACUGUGAAACUUACCAACUUGAACACACUUUAUAAGCAGCUCUUUGACCACUUCAUAAAGAACAAAAAUAGUUCUGCGCUGACUGUGAUGCAGAUGAUGAAACUCAACAUGAAGAUGAAUGAAGCAGAGUUAAAAACACUCAAAGCUCUGGAACUCAUUCAACUAGACAAAAAAGGACGUGUCUGUCUCUUGCUGCAUCAUUCCUAGAUCUACCAGAGUCUUCCACCAGAGCAGAUUUCUACUUGAUCUUGUGUAAAUUUAAGUGCAGAUUUGCAGAUGUCUGGACCAGAGAAUUGAAAAUGUGGUGCAAGAAUUUGAGGUGCUUUACUUUUUGAAGUAAAACAUUAAGAUUUCAGAUGCAGUUUCAGUUGUGAUCUCUGUGCAUUAGGAGCUGGUCUCCAAAGUAUGCUGGACUUGACAUUUAAUACAGAGAAUGGGUAUGUGGACCUGCUGGUUUCCCAAAGUCCACUUUAGUCAGGCAGCAGAAUCAUGUGCUUGUGGUUCCUGAAAUCUGCAUUGAGAUGUUUCUUAAUGCAAACAGUCAUUGAACUUGUGUCUAAUUUCCAAGAAAAGGGUUUGUUCCCUUAGUGUUUAUCCCCUGCAUAUCAAAUUGAGCAAUGCUGACCUACACAGGAGUACAGCUGCCACAAAUUAGUAAAUGCAGCAGUUUCAAUGAGCACUUUGGUAAUUUAGAUGAAUGACAAAAUAUACAGUAAAACUCAUCUGGCAUUUGAAAGUUCAGAAAAACUGAAUGUUAAGUAUCUGGUUCAUGCACUCAUCCGGUGUGUGGCCAGGAGCUGGAGUUGGGGAUAUGGUUUUGCAGCAGGAACCAGGGUUUGGAAUAUUUGUAUACUGCUUUUAAACUUGCCAGGCUCACUGGAAAAUUUAUACUACUGUAUAACAGAAUAUUAGUGCAACCAGUAGUCCAGUAAAUCUACUAGUUUGGGACCACCAAAGACCCAACGCUGCUGGGUGGUUGGAGUUUCAUUAUGUACUGUUAGAUUGGCCCCCAGUGAGUUUAAACCAUUCCACCAGCUGAAUGUGUCCUGAGCUGAAGAGAAUGAUUGGAUAAUCUGGUUUUGAUAAUGUAUUGCAUGGAUAUGUGAAGUGUAUGAAAUGCUUAAACAAUUUGUUUUAAGAAAGGAUAUUUUGUCACUUUGGAUGAUCUUGUCAACUUUUGAUGUUAAAUAAAGUGGAAUGAGAUUAUA